AUUCAGCUCACCUCUUCUCUCUCUCUCUCUUUCUCUCUUUCUCUCUCUGUAUUUUUGUACGGCAUAGCCAUACCAUGCUCUUUCUCCUCUUCUUGUUUCUGCAAAAUUUCCAAAUCCCACAACACCAAACGCCGCCGCAUCUUUUCCAAUUUAGCUAAAUUCUACUGUUCCUUCAAUUUUUCUGUUGUGAAAUUGUGAUCUCUAAUAAGCUAGCUUGGUUGGUUGAUUGAUUAAUGGAGAGCACCGAUUCGUCGAGCGGGUCCCAGCAGCCGCAGCUCCCGCCGGGGUUCCGCUUCCACCCCACCGACGAGGAGCUGGUGGUCCACUACCUCAAGAAGAAGGUCGCCUCCGCCACCCUCCCGGUGGCCAUCAUCGCCGAGGUCGAUCUUUACAAGUUUGAUCCCUGGGAACUACCCGCUAAGGCGACGUUUGGAGAGCAAGAGUGGUAUUUCUUUAGCCCUCGGGACAGGAAGUACCCUAACGGCGCCCGGCCGAACCGGGCGGCGACGUCCGGGUACUGGAAGGCUACCGGGACCGACAAGCCGGUGUUGACGGCCGGCGGGACGCAGAAAGUGGGAGUUAAGAAAGCGCUGGUGUUUUACGGCGGAAAGCCGCCCAAAGGGGUGAAGACUAAUUGGAUUAUGCAUGAGUAUAGGCUUGCUGAUAAUAAACCCAAUAACAAACCUCCCGGUUGUGAUAUCAACAAGAAAGGCUCUCUCAGGUUGGAUGAUUGGGUUUUGUGUCGGAUUUACAAGAAAAACAACACGCAGAGGCCAAUGGAUCACGAAAGGGACGAUUUGAAUGAGAUGUUGGGAUCAAUUCCAUCUCCUAUGCCCACAACAAUCCAAUUUGGCCAACAAAAAUUUCAUCAUCAUAAUCAUCAUCAAGGACUACUCAAAGCCGCCGCAAACUACGGGGGUCUGUUAGAAAACGAUCAGAACAUCUACCAAGGAAUGAUUACUAGCAAUGGAUCGCCGAUUGUCUCUCCGGCCGCCGCUAAUCUCCUCCCUUCAAAACACCUCCCCGCCAUGUACUGGACCGAAGACGCCCCGACCUGCAGCGACUCAUCGCCGCUCACUAAAAAAUUCCUCGCCGAUGACAGCCACUUAACGGCCGCCCGGACCGACGACCAAAGCGGCGCCGGCGCCUCCGGCUCCAUUGCCACCCUCCUCAGCCAACUCCCCCAACAGAACGUCGCCGGCGACGGCGUAUUCCGGCAACCAUACCAAGUCUCCGGCCUCAAUUGGUACUCUUGAAAAUUAAAAUUGGACCGACAAAACAAAAAACAAAAAACAAAAAAACACACAUGACAUGCAACGCCUCCGCCUAUAUACAUAUGAUCCCAUAUUCUUCUUCAAUUCUCCUCUCUAUUACAAUCUUGCAGCACCGAGAUUAUGAACGGCCGGGAUUAAUCCAAGGAUAUUUCAAGCAUAAUGCGAUACUAGCUAGGGAGAUCCAAUUGAAGACCAUAGAAGAAUACUUGGAUGGUGAAAGUCUCUUGAACGUAGCCAAUUUUAGGUGAGGCCCCUAUAAAUAUUAUUAAUCUCUUUUUAGCCCCAUCAUUUUAUAUAUACUCUUAAUUUUGGCUUGUUUCGUAUAAUCAUAUAUAAAUAUAUAAUAGAGAUGCAAAGAAAUCUUGUAAUCUUGAUGUGUAGAAAAUUAUAAUUAUAUAUAUAUAUAGAAACAUGUAAUA